GUCUCACUAAAAAGAUCAUAUUGCACAUCAACAAUAAAUUAAAAGAACUUUCGAAAAUUCUGGGUUCAUCGAUUUAUUCCAAGAAAUUGACAGCUUAAGAAAACUCUGAUUGAAUCUGCUUCACCUUUCUGAAUCAUUGUCAGAUUCCGACCGAUCUUUCCACUCGCGCUCGAGGCAUGUAUGUUCGGGUGUCUUGUUCUUGAGGAACUCAAAAACUGCUGAACGAACAUCGUCUCUUUAAUCCAGUUUAUCUUCUCCUUCAGAUCUCUUCGAGUUUAAGGGCUCAGCCAAAGUUAUCGUUUUUAACUUAGUUUCUGAUUUGGGUGUUCUCUCGUCAAGCCACUAUGCUUCUGGUUUGGCCUCCCUGUAGAGGUGUUUAUCCUCACCCAAUUGAUUUUUCUGCUAAAGGCUCUUAUGCACUUGGCUUUCAGAUUCCUUACCCGAUUAUUAAAAAGGAUUGUUCAAUGAGGUUCGUUUGUUUCAAUCAUAAGCCUACACGACGCACAAAUAUCAAGAAACGGCAUGUGUCUACACAGAACGUGGAUCUCCCUCCUGUUUUACCGAAGAACAAGAAAAAACCUUAUCCUAUCCCUUUUAAGCAAAUCCAAGAAGCAGCUAAGAGAGACAAGAAACUUGCUCAGAUGGGAAUAGAGAAACACUUGGACCCUCCCAAGAACGGAUUGCUUGUCCCCGCUCUUGUUCCCAUCGCCUAUGAAGUUAUAGAUAACUGGAAGUUGCUCAUCAAGGGUUUAGCACAGCUUCUCCACGUUGUUCCCGUCUUUGCUUGCAGUGAAUGCGCGGCGGUUCAUGUGGCUAAUGCUGGUCACAAUAUCAAGGAUUGCAGUGGUUCAACAAGUGCACAGCGACGUGGUUCUCAUUUAUGGGUCAAAGGCACCAUCAGUGAUGUUCUGAUUCCUGUUGAGUCCUACCACAUGUUUGACCCUUUCGGGCGGCGUAUAAAGCACGAAAACCGGUUUGACUACGAAAGAAUCCCAGCGGUUGUUGAGCUAUGCGUGCAAGCUGGUGUUGAGAUCCCAGAGUAUCCUUCUCGUAGAAGAACACAACCAGUUCGAAUGAUGGGAAAGAGAGUGAUUGAUCGAGGUGGAUACGUUAAAGAGCCUGAUAGGCCUUGCAGUUCAACAUUAUUAUCUCCACUAGCUGAUCUUGACACACUUGGUGCUUGUGAGAGGUAUCCACCUCCCUCACCAGAGGAGGUACCUAAGAUAGCACAGGAAACGAUGGAUGCUUACGAGAAAGUGAGAUGGGGAGUGACGAAACUGAUGAAGGAAUACACGGUGAAAGCAUGCGGAUAUUGCUCUGAAGUGCAUGUAGGACCAUGGGGACAUAGUGUGAAGCUGUGUGGAGAGUUUAAGCACCAAUGGAGAGACGGGAAGCACGGAUGGCAAGAUGCUCUUGUGGAGGAGCUCUUUCCUCCUAACUAUGUAUGGCACGUGAGAGACCUUAAGGGAACUCCGCUCACCGGAAAUCUCAUGAGGUUUUAUGGUAAAGCCCCUGCUUUGGUUGAGAUUUGUAUGCAUAGUGGUGCUCGGGUUCCUCAAUGCUACAAGGCCAUGAUGAGGCUUGACAUCAUCGUUCCUGAUUCACAGGAAGCCGACAUGGUCGCAUAGGUCCUUGGAUAUAUGUUCAUAGACUCGUAGUCGUAGUAGAACAUCAUGGCUAGGGUAAAGAAGCUUCCAAACAUAGUUGAUGCUGGUAUGGGCUCACAAAGCUAUUACAAUCUUUCUAUAGUCGUUUGACACAUCUGCCUAUGUACAAAAGUAGUGAUUUUGUUUCAAUGUAAUUUAACAUUACAAGUUUAUAAGUU